AUGGAAGUAAGAGUAGUAUGCGAUUGCACAGGAUGUAGCAGUAGGAUUAUACAAAUAGCAGGAGUAAAUAUACUAUGUAACCUACCAACAAAACUACUCAGAGAAUGCCAAAAGGAAUUAGUAGAUCAACCAAUAUGUACUCUCGAACAUACGUCUAACCAAAAAAUAUACGAAACAAUAGUAUCAAGUGAUAUACAUCUUAUUAUCGCAACAACAGCAAGAGGAUUAGACGGAUUGGAUACUCUGAAGGAACUAUUCAAUAUUGAACAAACGUAUAUUGUAUGCACAAGACCAGUAUAUACAAUAGCAAGUAUAGCGUUGACAACAAGACAUACAGAUGCACCUGUAGCGGCAAUAGUUACUGAACCGGAUAUAAGAAAAAAAAGAAAUAAAGAAAAAAAACAAGAAGAUCUCACCGAAAUACAAGAAAACAAUCAUGACGAACAAUAUUAUAUACAAAAUGAAAAUGAACAAAACAAUGAUGAAGAUGAUACAGAAAAUAUCACAUGGAAUGAAUUGAGUAUGGAAUUUGAUAAUAUUAGUGAACAUUCAAACGUAUCGCAACAAACAGACGGAUCAUCCAUGCAAUGCUCAUCACCUGAUGCAACCGACAAUGAAAAUGAUUGGGUAAAAACACGCAGUAAAUAUCUAGAAAUCGACCAAAUAUUAAAUAAUACACAAGACACAUUAUACCCAUUCAAUCAAACAAACGAUUCGAAAGUAGAUAUACCUGUGCUAAAGGAUCCGGACCUCCCAACAACAAAACGAUUAAUAACACUAUCAUAUAAUGAAACAGUUACUAUUGAAAUAGAUGCAACAACAACCGCAACACACAAAACAGAUACUGAUAUAGCAUGGGACGCCGAUAAACAAUAUCCACUAAUCAGCACAAGCAUAGCAUCAUUCAAAACACAAAUAGAAAUAUGCGCUUUCAGCAGUGGAUACGCAUUGGGAUCUGCCAAUUGGACUAUCAAACAUCCAGAUAGUGACACAUAUAUAGCUAUUAUAGGAGAAACGGGAGAAAUACAACACAAAAGGUACUGCACACCAGUGGACCUAUCCUUCCUUAACAUGGUGGACAUGGUCAUACUACUAGACAACGCUGUCGCACACUAUAAUGAAGUUGAACAAAUCAAAAUACAAACAACAAUCAAAAGAGAAUUGGAUAAUGAAAAUUAUACUGAAAUCGAUACAGAAAUGAAGGCAUUAUGCGAUAUGGCAUUACAAGGAAUGCAACACCAAGAAGGUGUAGUUAUAGUCACGGAUCCUUACACAGAAACCAUAAUGGAUAUCAUUGAACAACUAUACAAGUAUCUGAAACAACACAUGGAACAACAUCAACAAGCUUAUAUAUAUGUAAUAGGAGAUGGAAUGAUAGAUAUAUUCAACUUUGCCGAUAAGUGCGCAGAAUGGGUAGAAACAACACGUGCAGAACUUACAAUGCAUCAUGAAAAUCCAUUGUCACCUUUCCUAGAAAUUGCACAAAUGAGAGAAAGUAACAUCCUUUUCGUAGGAAAUAAGACCAAUGACAUCAAAGAUGUAUAUAGGUUACCCUCGGUAGUCAUAGCAGCAUGUGAUCUAUACACAAUACCAUUCAUAAUUGGCAGGAUACACUCCGGAGCACAAGUAAUCACGACAACAGAAGAAUAUAGACAAGAACUCUUGCAAACAGCAGAAGAAAUGGAAAUACAUGCUGAUGUUACAUCCGUAUCAAUAGAUUUCAGAAUGAAGUUAGAACAAUUAUUGAGGACUAUAGAUAACAAAACAAAAAUCAUAGUAUCAGAAAAUAUGAAGAAAUCGAUACCAUCAGCACUCAAUGUACUAGUCGGGGACGAUGUCAAAGUGCCCACAAAGGGAGGAAAUGGCUACAUACGCGCAGAAAUUGGAAUAGAUGAUGCAAAAAAAACACUCGCACAAGCUAGACCAUUCGGAACCUCUGCAAUAGCUGCAAAUGUAAAUGUUAAAGUAAAUGAUGCAGAUGAUAUCACGCUAAUACCAGCAGACGUAGUGGAUGACUCCAAGUUCACAUUCGGAACCUUUACACCACAACAGUUAAUGGGAAAACUUAUACAAUUAGGGUUCACAGAAUGCGCUAUACGCAACCAAAAUGAAGGAUAUCCCGUGGAAAUCACAGUUGAUGACGAAUGCUGCGUAAUUUUGGAAUCACAAUAUGAAACCUGCGUAGAUACAACAUCUGCAGAUAAAAGAAAAACCGUUACACAAGCAUUAGAACAAUUGUGUACCGUAUUAUAA